AUGUACCGCCACAACGCCAACAACCCAAUUGUUAACUAUAUCAAACUAAUCAACCCGCCCACAGUUCUAAUAUCUGGCCUCAAACGAGGCGAUCUCGCCGCAACAACCGCGGACGCCCUCGCCCACGGCGGCGCAAGAACCAUAAUAUUCACGGGCCGCUCACAGUCCGAACUCCAGCCGGUGAUCGACCACAUCAACCGGAAAUACAAAACGGUUGAAAUGAUCUUUGUGACGGCCGACGCCGGCAGCCUGACUUCGUUCCGCGAGGCAGCGCAUACUAUCAAGAAGCUGGGUAUGUCGAUUGAUGGCUUCAUUGGAUUUCCCGAGGUCAUGGCUGUACCGUGGGAGCGCACGGAGGAUGGGCUCGAGUCUCAUUUCCAGAAGAAUUACCUGUGUUAUUUCCUGCUGCUGAAUCUGCUCUGUGAUGUUAUGGGGCCCAGGUCGAGGGUUGUUCUGGUUACAUCUAGUUUGCGGAAUGAGCCGCCUGCGCCUUCAUGGGAUGAUUUGGAGUUUGAGAAUGGAGAAAAUUACCACAGUCUCGAUGGAUAUUCGCAGUCGAUGCUGGCAAUCAUCUUGUUCGUCAAGUCUAUUGCGAAGAAGUAUAGCGGAUCUAUCGCUGCCUUUUCUGCAAAUCCAGGAAAUACCAAAACCAACGUUCAGACAUACGUUGCAUGGGAUGAUAUCAAAUCCUGGCUGCAGCGUAAGAAAGAAGCCGGCGAAGAUAUACCGGUCCUUUUACAGCAAGCGCCGAAAUCUCUCGCUCAGGGCAGCGCCACGGUGUUGCGCGGAUUGCUCGAUCCGGAGCUUGAAGGUUACCGCAUCUCGACUUCCCGGCGGGUGAAGAAAGUGCAGAGGCGUUAUGGAAACGAAGCCAAGGAAUAG